UGUACAUUUCCCUUACAUUUCCGCCUCACUGAAGACUGAACCUUAAUUGAAAACAGGAGAAGUAAUAUGUCACGUGAGAUGUAAUCGACACCCAGAAAUCGCUUACAAGAAAGGGUGUCUAAUGUAAGUUUAAGACACUCUAUUUUCGCUGGAGUAUUGAUCGAGCGGCAGUCAAAGAAAAUCCAAGCAUAGCGCAUACUUACGGGUGCUUUGAUCCAAGAUGAGUAAYUUUACAUUGAAUGGCACAGAGAGUAAAGUAACAGAAGCAGUUUGCUUUUUGCACGAUUCUACUGGAGCCAAAACAGGGCGCGUUAUACCUUAUUGCUUUAUCAUUCCUCUAUCUCUGGUUAGCAACUCUUUAGUUGUUGCGAUAGUCUGUAAAGACAGACGCAUGCAUAAGACAGUGAAUUUCUUCAUCGUCAACAUGAGUAUCGCUGAUCUUCUUGCCACCGUCGUCUACAUGCCAAGGGUCGUGUCGAUCUGGUUAGCGGGUUAUGAAUGGCAAAUUGAUGGCAUAGCUGGCUUCAUCUUUUGUAAAAUGUCCGUCUGUUUGAAUCAAACCUCAAUCGCAGUUUCCAUCUUCACCGUCGUAGCGAUAAGCUUGGACAGGUUCUUUGCAGUGGUGUUCCCACUUCGCGUCUUUAUCACAGACAAGAUUUCCCAGAUAAUCAUCCUAUGUAUUUGGAUGGCCGCACUUCUGGCAAGUUUUCCUCAGUUCUACGGAAUCAAAACGAUGCGCAACAAUGGUUUACUCUACUGCUUUCUCGAGCUUGACAAGAUCUUUGGCGAAGGAGCGGCGACUGCGUUCUAUAUGUUCAUCAUGCUGGGGUUAUUUGCAAUACCACUUGCCAUCACCGUGAUACUUUAUUCCGCUAUUUUGAUUGCGCUGUUGAAGCGGCGUAGAGUUAUCGGCGAUGCAUUAUCCAACAACGAUGAUAGACUACGAAGACAGGAGCGCACGAGGAAGAAAGUUCUGAAGAUGGUGUCCAUGGUUGUUGCGUGCUUUAUUCUCUGCUGGUUGCUGUACUUCAUUCAUUCCAUUCUUUAUUCCUACAAGAUCAUUGUCCCCUGUACAGUCUUGUACCUAAGGCUCCUGUUAGCGCACCUGAACAGCAUCGUUAACCCGUUCAUUUAUUGGUUUUUUAAUGAGAACUUUCGUCGUGGUUUUCGCAGUAUUUUUGCGCACUCUUUUCCUGGUGUUGCUCUUUCUCCCCGAGUCUUUCCUCUCAACAGCGCGCAACAGACGAACGAUACUUGCUCUAGCGCACGAAGAGCUAGAAUCGGAGAGACAAGCAACGGAAGAGGCGAAUAAAAUACCUUUGAAUCUGGACCUCAAAGAAGACGAUGGUCAGCUUAGCUAAAAAGCCGUAGAGUAAAAAGAAAACUGCACCCUUGAAGAAACUUUGACCUUCGUGCAACAGACGAACGAUACUCGAUCCGGCACACGAGGAGCUAGAAUCGGAGAGACAAGCAACGAAAGAGGCGAAUAAAAUACCUUUGAAUCUGGACCUCGAAGAAGGCGAUGGUCAGCUUAGCUAAAAAGCCUUAGAGUAAAAAGAAAACUGCGCCCUUGAAGAAACUUUUGACCCUCGUUAUAUAAUCUAAUCUCUUCCUGAAGUUAAUGACUGUCGAGUCAAUUUGUAUCAUCAUGUUACUAAUAGUCUUUCAACGCCUUUUGCGGUACAAUUCGUAAAAGGCUUAAUAGGAUUGAUUAUAUUUAAAAUUCAACGAUUUUGUUGGUGGAAUAGUGAAAAUAGGCUUUUUAGGAGCUGAGACUGCGCAGUGAAAACAACGGAUAGCAAGACGGUCUUCUUUUAUGUUACAUUAAGUUCGGCUCACGUGAAGUUCAAAACUUUUAUCCCUUGCUUUUAUGUGGGGUAAAUAUGAUUGCUAUUCAUAGCCAGGCCUAUUCAUCAAAAACUCAAAUAGCAGCAUUAAAAAACUCCAACAUUCUGUAAAUAAUGAAGUAUUUUGUAUUGUCUACAGCGCCAUCUAGCUGCUGGAAAUGGCGCUAUAUACUAUUAUUAGAAGGAAAUGAAUAGUACAAAAAGUAAACGGUU